GGAAGUGUCUCGUCAUUCUGAUGAGAGCCACCAGUCUGUGAACAACUGAAACGUUUUAUGUGCUUUUUCCUCCUGUUUAACAGGUUAGUUCUGGUGAAUCAACUCACUGAGUGGUAUCUAUAUGGUCAUUAUAAUUUUAAGUACACGUUCUGAUGGUGGAGCCUAAUUCUAAAGUGUUUGCAAGGUGUAGUUAGUGUUUGUGAAUGAAUCCAGUGCCGAGCACAGUAGUAUGGCUGCAGUAAUCAAUACAAAAUGGCGACGUGAGUGCGCAAUGUUUGUAUAGGAACUUAUGAUCCUAAUUCAGACUCCCAAAUUAGAGUUCCCGUUUUCUUAUUGAUUUUGUAAUAUAUUUUGUAUAAUGUGUGUGUUCUGAAAAAGGUUUUACAUGCUAUUUUAUUGUGUUUGGACAUGGUUAUAUAAGUUAAGCUCUCAGGAAUGGUCAAUGAACAUUUCAAGAACAGUAACUUGAUGCUGCUAUUACAAGAAGAACAAUAUGAAGAAAAGUAAAGUGCUUAAAUGAAUGUUGCUAAAAAGUGCAUUAGGGCCACGUUAAUUCCUCAUCCAGGCAGUGUACGAUGUGCUUCCAAGCCCAUCUAACCUGCACACAUGGGGCAUAGCAGAGACACCAGCAUGCCCAUUGUGUUCCAAGUGAGGAACCCUGGAACACAUCCUCAGCUGCUGCACCAGGGCACUUGGAGAUGGACGGUACCGCUGGAGGCAUGACCAAGUCCUUAAGACCAUUGCUGAAACCAUCAGCGCAGGACUUGUUUGGGCGAAGCAGUUCCGACCCUCCAAGAAAAUCAUCGCCUUUGCCAGAGCUGCCAGAAGAACUUCUGCGGGCAUUCUAACCUCUGCAAGAGACUGGCAGCUGUUGGUGGAGCUUGAACAUCAGCUGAAGUUCCCCAGCCACAUUGCAGUCACCAUCCUGCGACCAGACAUUGUCCUUGUGUCUGAGUCCACCAAGCAGGUAGUAGUGCUGCUGGAGCUGACCGUCCCAUGGGAAGACCGCCUGGAAGAAGCCUUUGAGAGGAAGCUCUCCAAGUACGCGGGACUGGUCAGUGACUGUCAGCAGGCUGGCUGGAGAGUGAGGUGCCUCCCAGUUGAGGUUGGAUGUAGGGGUUUUGCAGCCCGCUCCUUGACCAGAGCCUUCAGCACUUUGGGCAUCGAGGGAGAGAGAAGGAGGAGAGCCAUCCGCAGUACCACCGAUGCGGCAGAGAGGGCCUCAAGAUGGCUGUGGUUCAAAAGGGGAGAGCCAUGGAGUCAUGGUAGCUAGCUAGCCAUCUGGACACAAGCUGGGGUCUGAUCAGCCCCGGCUGGGUCACCUGGAGGAGGGUGUAUGAUGUUGAAAGACCCGAAACACCCGAUGAUUCCAGGCACAUCACAGAAGAUGUGUCCAGAGGCAUCAGUAGAUGUAUGUACACAGCGAAGGACAUUUUUAUCUGACUGCUUGUCCUGGCUACUUGGGACCUGCAACAGAUAUUUGGGAGCUUGUCCGGGAUCGGCAACACCAUUGAUGUUUUGACGGUUGCUGAUCCAGUGAUACCUAUGAACCCGAAGGCCAUAGUGACUGCACGUUACUGAAGUGAGGUGGCGUGUCUGCGGUGCGGCUACAGAGCAGAGGUGGUGUGUCUACAGUGCGGCUACAGCGACGAGGUGGCGUGACUGCAGGAGAACUACAGUGCAGAGGUGGCGUGACUGCAGUGCGACUUCAGUACAGCGGUGACGUGCGACCAUAGAGCCAAAGCAACUACAGGGGCUGCAGUGCAACUACAGUGACUCAGUGCUACUACAGAGGCUAUGUGAAGUGGCUGCAAAGCGACGGCAAAAGCAAGGUGUCAUCACUGCAGCUAAGGCCAUGCCUGAAGGACGCAAAGAACUCCUAUGAAGUAUCAAAAAGCAACUAUACCAUCUCUCAGGCACCGAAGCCUAUUAGCUUGCGAUGUCCAUCGGAAUUGAUCAUCCAGGCACAGAUGAGUUGAGCUCAGCCAAUGAGGAAAGCUGCAUCGACCAUAUCCUUUCCUUUAUGCAAUCUGAUGAUCUGUUUAAUUCUAAUGAUGAGGGUAUUGGUCGUUUGAUGAUAUUGAAUGAUGUAAUAUUGAAGGCUAUCAAAAAACGUGAUUGUUUUGAAUUACCUGUUUUUGUUUCAAAUGAUGAGCCAUCUUGUUCAAAUGCACCACCCACACACUCAGGUGACACUACAUAUCACAGUACACACACCCACACAACAACACCAGAUAUGAAGCAACUACAAGCCAUGUAUGAAGAACUAGGUAGGAAGUUACAGGAAUGUGUGACUCCCAACACAUCUUCUGGCCUGACAACCACAACUAACGCACACCUGAACAACAAUGAUGCAAAUGACCCCCUAAUGACUUUAAGAACACCAGCACAAGAUGGAAACCAGCCAAGUCACCAUAGUGAUAUCGAACCCACACCACGCCAAACUCCCGAGAGGUUGGUCUCCCUACAAGAUCUUGCUUAUCUCCAGCGAAAAGAGUUCAGGAUACAUGGGGGCCAAAUAAGUGACACAACAUCUGAUGUCAGCUACAACAGCUUAUGCAAACAAACAGAUGAAGGUCUCAGAGAGAAACACACUGAGGGGGAGGUCAUUAGAGGGGUGCUCCGUGCAAUCAAACCUGGCAACUUCAGGGAUAUGUUGACAAACAAAGACGACUUGACUGUCACAGAACUCAAAAGCUUCCUCCAGUCACACCUAGGUGAAAAGGGAUGCACAGAGCUCUUUCAGGACUUGAUGUGUGCCAAGCAACAUGAAAAUGAGACACCACAGCAAUUCUUGUAUAGAAUGAUUGGCCUCAAACAAAAGAUUAUGUUCACUACUAAACAGACAAGCUCAGUAGUAAAGUAUGAUACCUCUACAAUACAGUGCAUAUUCUUGAACACAAUAUGUCAGGGAAUAGGAGAGAAGUAUGAUGAUGUCAAACGUGAGCUCAAGCCUCUCCUUGCUGACCCAACAGUAUCUGAUGAAGCUUUGCUGCGACAGGUGAUAAAGACCACCACAGAGGAAAGUGAGAGAAAGCGCCGAUUUGGUCGCAGCUCUGCCCGUAAAGUAAGUCAGGCCCAUAGCACCCAGGCUGAACCUGAGGAGAAAGGUAAGAGUGAGGUAAAAGUCAACAUGGUCAAUAAAGAUGACACAGUACAUAGACUUAGCUCCCAGGUUGAAGCAUUGACCCAGGCAAUGGAUACCCUGAAACAGCUGGUCACGCAGGCUCAUGCACCAGACCAACGCUGUGCACCAACACCUUACUGUGACCCUGACAAGCCCAGAACUCAGAGAAAGACACAGAGACCCUAUGGCUGCACACAAUGUGUUGCACAGUCCAAUCCAAAUUGCAACCACUGCUUUGCAUGCGGAGAACAAGGCCAUCAUGCAAUUGGGUGUUUGAAGAAACUGAAACCGUCGGGAAACGAGGCGCGGUCAAGACAGAGGGACAACCUUUGACCGCUCCUGCACCCAUGUCCCAACCCCAAACAGGCCCAAAACCAAAGCCAGCUAAGAUCAGUGAUGCAAACACAAUACAAUCCCAUAUUACAUCACAGCCAUGCAAGCUAGUAGCCCCACUCAUUGGCCGCAAAUCCCUGCUGAAAUGUAGUAUGGGUGGCUACGCUGUCACUGUCCUGCUGGACACAGGUAGUAUGGGUGGCUACGCUGUCACUGUCCUGCUGGACACAGGAGCUAAUGUGAGCCUCAUUGACCGCACAUGGAAAAACAAAUAUCUGCCUGGCCAAGAUAUUCGACCUCUCUGUGAGGUACUGGAUAGAGAGCUGAAUGUUUCGGCAGUCACAGGUGAUGAGGUGUCUUACGACGGAUGGGUUGAAGUGGUGGUAAACCUGCAAGGCAAUGAUGAUCCAGACUUAUCCAUCCGUGUACCCUUCCUAGUGAGUUGCCUGAAACUAGACAGACCAUUAGUUGGUUUUAAUUUAAUCCAAAAACUCAUUAAGAGCAAUGAAGGCCGGCCUAAACUCAUGUCCAUUCUGUCUAACCUCCUUGCAGGUGCCAUGGAGAUUGAUGAUGUUAGUGCUGGGGCCAUAGUGAGUUUUAUUCGGACUCAGAACUCCCCAAAAGAGGAACAUGCUACUGUAAAAGUGGGUUUCAAAGAGGUCACAAUUUGUUCAGGUCAGGUAGUUUACGUUAAGUGCAGGGUUCCAGUCAAGAUUAACCCCUCAGAGUCAUUUGUGUUGUUUGAACCCAACCUUGACAGUGUACAGCUGGAGUCAUUGAGCAUUGGAGCAGGCCUAAUGGAGAUUCACCAGACUGAUAGGUGUUUCAUUAAGGUGCCCAUGUCAAACCACUCCCAACAUUAUGUGACCUUGCCAAGCUUUACAGUCCUAGGCAGCAUUGAGUCCAUUGACAAAGUCAUAGAGACAGACAGUCCCCACAGUGACCCUAAAAGUAUUCAGGUUAAUACUGCUGACUCCUCAUCUCCUCCCAGCUCUAAUCAGGCCCCAACCACUGCAGACCUGUGGCACCCACCAGUGGAUGUCAGUCAUCUGACAGAUGAUCAACAAGAGGAGGUGAAACAAAUGUUGAUGGAGGAACCAGGAGCUUUUGCUCGCAAUGAGGGUGACAUUGGGGACAUCCCAAGCCUCCAUAUGACCAUAAGUCUGAAAGAUGACAUUCCAGUCCAAAAAACAUAUUCAUCCAUUCCCAAACCACUAUAUUAAGAGGUCAAACAAUACAUCCAAGAGCUGCUUGCAAAAGGAUGGAUUGUCAAGUCAAAAUCACCCUUUGCAGCACCUGUUGUCUGUGUCAGAAAAUGUGAUGGAUCUCUGAGACUGUGUAUUGAUUACAGGCAGUUGAACCAGAAAACAGUGCCAGAUCGCCACCCACUACCUCGCAUCCAGGAUCUCUUGGACACCCUGGGCGGCCACAGCUGGUUCACCAUUCUUGACCAAGGCAAAGCCUAUCAUCAGGGCUACUUAGCUGAAGGAUCCCGCCACAUGACAGCCUUCAUAUCGCCUUGGGGUCUACAUGAGUGGCUGAGAAUACCGUUUGGUCUCAGCAAUGCCCCUGCUGCUUUCCAACGCAGCAUGGAGGAGAUGCUUGUCACCUUGCCUGAUGACUGCUGUAUUCCUUACCUUGAUGACAUUCUCUGCUACUCCAAGUCCUUUGCUGAUCAUGUCGAUGCAGUGCGUCGUGUCCUGAGAGCCCUGCAACGUCAUGGAGUCAAGCUGCGACCCACAAAAUGUGAGUUGUUCAAGCCAGAGGUCAGAUAUGUGGGGAGGUUGGUGUCAGCUAAUGGAGUGAGAAUAGACCCAAAAGACAUCGAGGCUGUAAUGUCGCUGAGGGAGAAAAGACCCACUACGGUGGGGGAUGUCCGAAAACUGCUAUGUUUUCUGAGUUACUUUAGAAUGUACAUUCAAGAUUUCUCCCGCAUCGCUAAGCCAAUAUAUGGGCUGCUACAAGUGAAAGUAAAUCCUGAUGCAACACAGGGGAAAACAAAGAAAGGUAAAGGGGCACAGUUACCUUCAAAGACCCCCAUUCAGUGGACUGCUUGUCACCAGACCAUCCUUGAGCAGCUCAUUGACAUCUUGUCACACCCACCUACACUAGGGUACCCUGACUUUGAACUUCCCUUUACACUACACACAGACGCCUGUCAGCAGGGACUCGGUGCAGUCUUGUACCAGCGACAGAGUGGAAAGCUGAAGGUCAUCGCAUAUGGUUGAAGGACAUUGACCCCCGCUGAAAAGAACUAUAGCCUUCACUCUGGAAAUCUGGAGUUCUUAGCCUUAAAGUGGGCGGUAUGUGAAAAAUUCAGGGAUUAUCUGUUUUAUGCCCCAUCCUUCACAGUGUAUACAGAUAAUAAUCCACUGACAUACGUGAUGAGUACUGCAAAGCUAAAUGCCACAGGCUACAGAUGGGUUGGAGAGCUUGCUGACUUCAGAUUCAACCUAAAGUACAGGCCUGGAGAAGUCAAUGUGGAUGCUGACACACUCUCUUGUCUCCCACUGGACAUAAACAGUUAUGUUGAGGAGUGUACUGAAGAGCUCGACAGAGAUGCAAUACGUGCUACUUGGGAAGGAAGUGAGGCUAUAAAAAGGUAUGACAUUGCCUAUGUUGCUUCUCUUAACCUGGCCCAAAGUUCAGAGUCUCAAGUUAAGUACUCGAUUACUGUAACGUAUUAUUUUUGGGACUCCCAUGUCUAGCAUUAAAAGAUUACAGUUGGUACAAAAUGGGGCUGCUAGACUUUUGACAAGAACAAGAAAGUUUGAUCACAUUACGCCUGUACUGGCUCACCUGCACUGGCUUCCUGUGCACUUAAGAUGUGACUUUAAGGUUUUACUACUUACGUAUAAAAUACUACACGGUCUAGCUCCAUCCUAUCUUGCCGAUUGUAUUGUACCAUAUGUCCCGGCAAGAAAUCUGCGUUCAAAAGACUCCGGCUUAUUAGUGAUUCCUAGAGCCCAAAAAAAGUCUGCGGGCUAUAGAGCGUUUUCCGUUCGGGCUCCAGUACUCUGGAAUGCCCUCCCGGUAACAGUUCGAGAUGCUACCUCAGUAGAAGCAUUUGAGUCGCACCUUAAAACUCAUCUGUAUACUCUAGCCUUUAAAUAGACCUCCUUUUUAGACCAGUUGAUCUGCCGCUUCUUUUCUUUUUUCUCCUAUGUCCCCCCCUCCCUUGUGGAGGGGGUCCGAUCCGAUGACCAUGGAUGAAGUACUGGCUGUCCAGAGUCGAGACCCAGGAUGGACCGCUCGUCGGGACCCAGGAUGGACCGCUCGCCUGUGUAUCGGUUGGGGACAUCUCUACGCUGCUGAUCCGCCUCCACUUGGGAUGGUUUCCUGUGGACGGGACUCUCGCUGCUGUCUUGGAUCCACCUUGAACUGAACUCUCGCAGCUGUGUUGGAGCCACUAUGGAUUGAACAUUCACAGUAUCAUGUUAGACCCGCUCGACAUCCAUUGCUUUUGGUCCCCUAGACCACAUCUGUGGUCCUCUCCAAGGUUUCUCAUAGUCAGCAUUGUCACUGGCGUCCCACUGGAUGUGAAUUCUCCUUGCCCACUGGGUGUGAGUUUUCCUUGCCCUUUUGUGGGUUCUUCCGAGGAUGUCGUAGUCAUAAUGAUUUGUGCAGUCCUUUGAGACAUUUGUGAUUUGGGGCUAUAUAAAUAAACAUUGAUUGAUUGAUUGAAGUACCCAGUACCGACCAUCAGCCAAAGUGAACUAAUCAGAGCUCAGAUGCAGGAUGCAGCCAUCAGUGAGAUAAUCAAGCUGAAACAGACAAAGACAGCACUGACAAAUGAGGACAGGAGGAAAGGAGGUGGCCCUGUGAAAAGACUCAUGCAUGAGUGGGGUAAACUGUAUAUGAAAUGUGGCUUUCUGUACAGGAGUGCAGGGGGACGACAGCAGCUUGUCCUACCUUCUGAAUAUCGGGCCCUUGUAUUGAAGCAUCUCCAUGAUGACAUGACACAUCUAGGAUCAGAGAGAGUCAUUGGACUGGCAAGAGAUCGUUUUUAUUGGCCCUUCAUGAAAAAGGACAUUGAGGCUUAUGUCACAAAAAAGUGCCCCUGUAUCAAGAAAAAGAAACCCGUGGUACAUGACAGAGCACCAAUGGGCAGUAUCAUGACCAGUGCACCUCUUGAGCUUGUAUCUAUCGAUUACAUGCACUUGGAGCAAAGUAAGGGUGGAUACGAAUACAUCUUAGUAGUCAUAGACCACUUCACCAGAUUUGCCCAAGCAUAUCCAACACGAAACAAGACUGGCAGAACAGCUGCAGAGAAAAUAUUUAAUGACUUUAUCCCUCGCUUUGGUUUUUUUAUCCAAAUUGCACCAUGAUCAAGGCAGAGAGUUUGAGAACUCCCUGUUUAAGACCCUUCAGCAACUGUCUGGGGUGGGACACUCCAGGACAACCCCAUACCAUCCACAGGGAAACCCUGCCGAGAGAUUCAAUCAGACGUUGCUUCAGAUGUUGAGAACACUGCAAGAGGAGAAAAAGAGCAACUGGAAGGAUCAUUUGCCACAGGUGGUGCACGCAUACAACUGCACUAGACAUGAGGCAACAGGUUUUUCACCCCACUACCUCAUGUUUGGGCGCCACCCCCUCCUCCCCGUUGAUCUACUCUUUGGUCUGUCCUCUGAAGAGGAGGGUGAAACACCCCAAGGGUAUGCGGACAAAUGGGCUGCGAGAAUGAAAGAGGCCUACCGCAUUGCAUCCGAGAACAGUCAGCAGUCUAGUGCAUGAGGAAAGAGACGGUAUGACCUUCAUGUGAAGGGGACCGUUCUACAGCCUGGUGACAGGGUUUUAAUUCGCAACAUAAGUGAGAAAGGAGGUCCAGGAAAGCUCAGGUCCUACUGGGAACAAACGGUAAACAUUGUUAAGGAACAAAUAAAUGACAGCCCUGUUUACAAAGUGUCUCCAGAGACAGGUGGUGGCAAGGUCCAUACUCUCCAUAGGAAUCUCCUCCACCUGGUAAAUGACUUACCUGUGAGUGUGGCUGAAGAGUCAAAGAACCAAGCAGAGACUAAGGAAAGGCAGAGAAAGAGGAAUAAGGUUGAAAGGAAUGUAGAGAGAGAGAUGUUCCAAUGCAGUGCUUCAUCUGACUCUGAUGAAGAUGGCCCAAGACCACAGUACUGGCUCAGAGUAUCAAGGCCAGCAGAGUCACAAAGGUCAAAUAUGACAACCACCCAUGUGCCUCAAAGAAACCCUGUUACUUCUCCAUCUUUACAUGAACAAGCAAGGCUGACCACACAAGCAGGAGAGCACAGACAGCCUCCUAGCUUCACAGCAGAGGAACCUGAACUGAUGGAGCAAGAACAAUCCAGUGAACAUGAAUAUGAACCGAAUGCUGAAAAUGAACAUUGCCAAGCCAGGUAUGACACUAACCAAGACAGUCCUACAUCCCCUCAGUGUGGUACAGUCAAGAGACCAGUGCGAGACAGGAGACCACCCAGGAUACUGACUUACGAGUCUCUUGGUCAGCCAUCCUACCAGUCAAUUGGGUCAGUCAACAAUAUCGGACUUUGUGGGCCACAGACAUUGCCAGCAUGGGGAAUACAAUCAGGCCCAACACCACAUUACCCACCCUAUUCGACACUAUACCCAACACUGCCAUACACUGUUAUGAUGCCAUACAUUGUCCCUUCCUUUGCAUACUAAUAUACAAGUUUUGAUUUGAAAAAAAAAAAGUGUACUGAAAAGAGUAUUUGGUUUUUGAAUGCCGGGAGUCAUUUUCUUUGUCGGGGAGCGUGUGACUCACCCAUAAUGUGUCACAUUUUUGUGUUGAUUUAUUUAUUUUAUUUUGUGGUUUGAAUUCGUUUUGAAGCUGUCAUCCCACAUGUGUCGAUAUUAAUCUUGGUCAGCAGGGGGCAGUAGAGCGUUUCUUCCUAAUUGAAUGGUAUUACCUGCAGACCGGAAGUGUCUCGUCAUUCUGAUGAGAGCGACCAGUCUGUGAACAACUGAAAAGUUUUAUGUGCUUUUCCCUCCUGUUUAACAGGUUAGUUCUGGUGAAUCAACUCACUGAAUGGUAUCUAUAUGGUCAUUAUAAUUUUAAGUACACGUUCUGAUGGUGUUUGCAAGGUGUAGUUAGUGUUUGUGAAUGAAUCCAGUGCCGAGCACAGUAGUAUGGCUGCAGUAAUCAAUACAAAAUGGCGACGUGAGUGCGCAAUGUUUGUAUAGGAACUUAUGAUCCUAAUUCAGACUCCCAAAUUAGAGCUCCCGUUGUUAAGAUUGUAUAUAUCCACGCUCUUACUCAGUGACUGUGUUAAAGAGGUAGGAUGUUGUAGCGCAUGUUUUCCCCUUGAGGGCGCUCUGGAACUGUGUAGUGUUUAACACAGAAGCAGUUGUGUGUUCAACAGAAGAAGAGAAUAAAAGUCUCCUCGGUGAGAGAACGUUGAUGUUCAAGACUCGUUGAAAGUGUCGUUCAUGUGCACGCAUAAAGAACUCUGUUAAGCUCAAACACCUUAACAGGUUAUGGGCCCAGCAACCCAAAUAACGCCAGGAACUGCAGCAACCCCAGGAACCGCAGUAAUUCCAGGAACCGCAGUGAUUCCAACCAACUCAAGCAAACAAGGCAAGGUAGCGUUGAGUCGACGCACGGACACAGAAGCCAAGGAAGUUUGCAGGUGUGGACUUGAGCUAACAGAGGAUAACUACUUGACCAAGGAUAAAGGUAAUGCAAAUGUGAAGUAUUACACGGAGCAUUAAAGGGACUUUAGCCAAUGAAGUAGCGUGUACUCUCGAAGAAGAAGUAACCGCGGCAAAGUUUGAGCUAAUUAGCAUAGCACAGUGCUAAAGUGCGGAGCUUAAACAAAAAUGGCGACUCGUACUACUGGAGCAGUAUCCCCGCAACUGUACUUCGAUGGAUCCAAAAGCAAGUAUGACCUUUGGGAAGCAAGGUUUUUGGGACACUUACAUAUUUUAAAGUUGAAAGACACUGUUCUAAAUGAACCAGUUGGAGAAGAGCAAGCAGCAGCGGACAGAAUAAAGAAUCCAGACUGCUAUGCAGAGCUCAUAAGGUUGAUCGAUGAUAAAAGCCUGUCUUUAAUUAGACAUGAUGCUACAUACGAUGGAAGGAAAGCACUGAAAAUGCUGAGGGAGCACUACUCAGGAAAAAGCAAGCCACGAAUAAUCAACCUGUACACGUCCUUGACAAAACUACGGAAAGUAGAUAGAGAGUCGACUACGGACUACAUUAUCAGAGCAGAAAACCUGAUUACAGCACUUCGUGAUGCCGGUGAGACUCUCAGUGAUAGUCUGAUCAUAGCCAUGAUUCUUGGAGGACUUCCUGACGCUUACAAGCCAUUAGCUGUACAUGUAACACAAAACGAAGACAAUGUGACAUUUACAGAUUUCAAAAGGAGAUUACGUAUUUACGAAGAGUCAGAGAAAAUUAGUACUGCUGAGCCAACAGACAAUGUGAUGAAAAUGUUCACAAAACAGGAUAGAAAUAUCCAGAAGACGUACACCAGCAGCACUCAAAGUAGAAGUGGAGAUGAAGAUCUGACAUGUUUCAAAUGUGGAUUAAAAGGACACAGAGCAAGAAAUUGUAUCCGAAAAGUGUGGUGCAACUUUUGUAAGAGCAACACACACCAAGAAACCAUAUGCAAAAAGAAAGAUAAACGAGACAAUGUCAAAAAGGUUACUGAUGAACAUUCCAGUGAUUACCUCUUCAAAGCAGCACAAGAAGAAAGUGAGUCAGCACCCAAAAUAAAGAUGAAAGGCAUUAUGGUGGAUGCAGGAGCGACAUCCCACAUUGUAAAUGAUGUGAAUAACUUUACAAGCUUUGACAACACUUUUCAGCCAGAGACUCAUUCAGUGGAACUAGCUGAUGGGACAAGAUGCAGUGGAAUGGCCCAAGGAAGAGGAACAGCUACGAUACAUCUAAUGGAUAGCAAUGGACGACAGCACAGGGCACAACUACAAAACGCUCUGUACAUGCCCUCCUAUCCCCACAACAUCUUUUCAGUGGCGAGAGCAGCCGACGGAGGAGCAACCAUAACUUUCAAGAAAGGACAGAGCCACAUGAUCACUAAAGAUGGUAACAGAUUUAAAAUACACGAACAUGAGAAGCUGUAUUAUCUACCAACUGUUGAUGCGAAUGAAGAUCAGUGUAAAGUUUGUCAUGACGUACAAACAUGGCACGAGAUUCUAGGACACUGCAACUAUGACGAUGUAAUCAAACUCCAAACUGUGGUCAAAGUUAUGGUAAUUAAGGGAAAUGUUAAGCCGGAUCAGAUGUGUGACAUAUGUACAAAAGGCAAGUUUACCCAAACGAGAAAUAGGGAGCUAGAUGCUAAAGCAAAUAAACCCCUGGAGUUAAUCCAUAUAGACCUAGCAGGACCAAUGAAAACUGAGAGCAUAGAAGGACACAAAUACGCACAAUGUUUCACAGAUGACUCUUCAGGUGCUGUAUUAGUAUAUUUCCUUAAGUCAAAAAGUGAUACAGUUACUGCAACAGAAAAGUUCUUAGCAGAUGUAGCACCCUUUGGAGAUGUAAAGUGUAUACGUUCAGACAACGGCACUGAGUUUACAAACAGAGAGUUCCAAAUGUUACUAACAAAGAACAAAAUAAGACAUGAGACGUCAGCGCCUUAUUCGCCACACCAAAAUGGCACAGCAGAGAGAGGAUGGCGAACACUGUUUGACAUGGCUAGAUGCUUACUGAUAGAAAGCAAACUACCAAACUAUUUGUGGAACUAUGCCAUUCAAACAGCAGCUCAUGUUAGAAACAGGUGUUACAAUAGACGGAUAAAGAAAACAGCAUAUGAGUUACUUUCAGGAAAAGUACCAAAUGUGUCACAAAUGCAAAAAUUUGGGUCUACAUGUUUUAGUUACAAACAAGAAAAAGGAAAACUAGACUCCAAAAGUGAACAGGGCAUUUUCAUAGGAUAUGAUCAAAACAGCCCAGCAUUCCUUGUAUAUUAUCCAGAAAUGGAAAAAGUCCAAAAGAUCCGAUUGGUGAAAUUCGCAACCAAAACAAGUGUAGAGAGAGAGACACAAACUUUAGAGCCAUACGCAGGACAUGACAUUGGAAACAGAGACAAUGCAGUCUGUGACAGUGACCAGAAGGAUGAGGAUAGAGUUCAACCUGAAAACAAAACUGAGGAUUUAAAUGAGCAGGAAGAUGUGGAACAGUCAGCGGCAAAUGCCGAAACAGAAAUCAGAAAGAAUCCAUUCAGAGUAAAACAAAAGCCAUCUUAUUUACAAGAUUAUGAGACUGAUGAUUCAUUGGACAGAUUACAAACAUGCGUUGAUUUCUGUUAUCGAGCAGUUUGUGACAUUCCAGAAACUUAUCAGGAAGCCGUGUUAUCAUCCGAGUCAAUGCACUGGAAAAACGCCAUGAAUGAGGAGAUGAAGUCACUAGUGGAAAAUGACACAUUCCAGUUGACUGACUUACCACCAGGUAAGCGAGCUUUAAAAGCUAAGUGGGUUUAUGCACUCAAAACAGACAUAGAUGGAUCUAAUAAAUUUAAGGCAAGAUUUGUUGCUAAAGGAUACGACCAGAGAGCAGGAACUGAUUACGACGAGACGUUUUCACCGACAGCUGACAUGUUAAGUGUAAGAAUUCUCAUGCAGAAGGCGGCACAGGAGGACUUAAUCUUACAUCAGAUGGACGUGAAGACCGCGUAUCUACACGCACCCAUCGACUGCGAAAUCUAUUUAGAACAACCACAAGGUUACGAGAAAAACUCUAACACUGGUGAAAAACUGGUAUGUAAACUAAACAAAUCAUUGUAUGGACUCAAACAGUCGGGCAGAAACUGGAAUACAGUGCUACACACUCA